AUUCUUUUAGAUUCAGCUUUCAAAUUUCUUAAUCCGAAAAUUUCAUUAUCGAAAAUAUCUAUAGAAAUUUUGAUAAAAAUUUUUUUCUCGGUGCGGUACGAGUAGUUUCUACAGCAAAAAUGGAAUCGACGAAAAAGAAGUGUGACAAUUUAAUUUACCGUCCUGUAAUAACGGAAGAUCCUGAAAAAUUGGUUGAGGAAUAUUUCAAAUCUAAAAAACAGGAGCUUAGUGUGAAGAAAUAUCCGCCAUGGGAUGUAGCGAGAGUCAAUCCAGCGGCGGAACUCGUGGAAUGUCGACGAGAAUUGAGCCGUACGGAAAACGAACUCGAGGAAAAGAAACUCGAACGUGAAAAGAAAAGAAUAAUUAUGACCAAAGAAUGGACCGAUUUAAGACGGAAAGAAGAACUUUUACGACAGUCGUUGAUCAAAUUCAAUAAAUUCGUCAAAGAAAAUAACGAAAAACGCGAGAGAGCUCAGCACAAAAUUGCUGAAGAAAGGGAACGUCGAACAAAGUGUCACGAACAAAUUGACGAAUUGGCCAAAGAAAUCGAGUACAUUAAAACUGUAAGGGAACAUAUGCGAGAGAGAGUCCAAGAGUACAAAAUGUAUCAGAAUUAUUUGGAUUCAGUGGUCAAUGAGACAAAUGAAGAGUUCCAGAGCAUCGGAGAUAUUUUCAACAGGUACGAAAGCCUCGUGGAGUCUAGAAAUAUCCUUGCUCAACAUCAGGAUCAAAAUCUCGAGGCCUUGGAGCUGACAGGCACAGAAAUGCAACACAUGACCGAAGAGAAGGGCCAGAUGCUCGUGGACCUGAACAACAAACUGGCCCUGCUGCAGGGACGAUACGAGCGUGCUAAGGCGGAAGCGCUGAGAUGGCAGACGAUCGUGUCUCGAAUAAAAGCCACAGCAGCUGCCAAGAAUCUCGAGCUGACCAGAGUCAAAUUCUGUUGUUGGAGCAUGUAUCAGCAAUUGUGCAAAAGGAAAGGAUACCCGAUCGAAGUCGAUCAGGAAGACGUGGAAAAUCAAUUGGCACACAUUAAGCGAACGAUCGUUGAACUCAAAAGAAUCACUAAAGCAGCAAGAAAGAAAGCUGCUUCAGAGAAAUCAACCGUGUCCUAAUUUUCUUACAAGUUAACCAAAAUUCAAGCAAAAUUUUGGAAAAUCAUAAUUAACGAGAAUCCGCGCUAGUUUUUAAUAACAUUCCACAAAAGUAAUUCAGAAACUUUUUGUUUAUUUUGGUUUCUUUGCUUUUCCUUCACGCAACUCGAAUAUCUAAAUUUUCCAGCCAGCAGUAAUCAGCCUUUCGCUCGAAAAAUUACAAGUUUUUAUUUCUUUUGAAGCUGGUGCGAAAAAUUGCCAGCCACGGUUUCUUGGAACGAAGAAAAUUCAAAUUAUCGUAAUCGAAUCUAUCAUUAAAUUUGCGACAAAACUUCUUUAUUCCGUAUUUUAUUCAAUAUACUCGCUCUUCGUACGAAAUGAAUUCGAUACGUGCAGGAAAAAUCUAGAAAUAUAUGUACAUUUGUAUUUAACAAAUAAAGAUAUAUUGAAAAUA